AUGGAUUCAAAUAUUGAUAAAGAACAGACUUCGAUAGAAUUCGAAGAAAAAGAUGAUGAUGAAUCAAAAAUAGCUGAUAUACAAAUAAAUCCUGUGACAAUCAUGACUUCAGUACCACAGUUUGAACCUGUUGAUGAUAGUCAGGAAACUUCUCUUGAAACAAUAAAUCCUGAUGUAUCAAAAAAUCAAUUAUCAGAAGAUGUUCUAACAUUACCAUUAAAUCCUGAUAUAUCAUCACCGAAUCUUUUUGUAUCAUCAUUAAAUCAAAUUGAUCAUCAAAAAUCUUCAAAUUUUUCUAUCGAUAAUCGAUCGAUUGCUGCUUGGGUUGAAUCAACAACAACAGAAACAAUACCAGCUAUACUUGAACGAUCACCAUCACUUCCGUCAACAUUAAUUGAACCAAUAGUAACACGUAGUCGUGGAAAUUCAACUGUAUCAACAAUAUGUGAUCAACUACAAUCAGUUAAUUCGGAAACACUGACUGCACAUCAAGUCUCUUUUUCAAAUGAUUUGCAACGUAGUUUAUCAAUGCCAGUAAAUGAUCAAUAUUAUCGUAAUGAUGAUGAUGAAUUAAUUAUUUCAGCGAAUGAACAAGAAACAGAAGAUAUGUCAACAAAAUUUCUUCCUGUACCUGAUUCAGAAGAGUCAGAAGUUGAAAAAAAAACAAAACAAUUAUCACCACAGAAAGAAGAACAAAUUAAAUUUCAAGGUCGAUCACCAACAACUCAACAAAAGCCAAAAAAAUCACCUAGUGUGUCUUUUCAUGCAUCUGUUUCAUUUGAAACCAAUCAUAAACCAGUAGUACCACCACAUCGACGACGACGUAUUUCAUGGAAUACAAGUAAAACUAAAACACCUUUAUUUCUACGUUCACAAUCUUCCAUGGUAAAUUCACAACCACCAUCAUUACAUUCUCAAAUUCUUCGUAAACAAUUUAAAACAUCUCUUUCAAUGCCUAAUGGUGCUUAUCAUGUUUCUGACGAUACAACAAGACAAUCAUCAUGCAUAUCUGAUAAUGUUUUCUAUUCAACAUCUCAUACACAUUCAUCUUCAAUACACAGUCAUUCGAAUUGUUCUCCAGAUAUGCAUUUCACAGCUCUUCCAUCAUCUAAUUCUUAUCGUUCAUCAGAUCGAAGUGGUAUUGCAUCAACAAAUUUAGAUACACCUUCAUCUGAUCAUCCUCGAACAAUAAGUACAAAUGAUAAUCAAACAACCGAUGGAAAGAAUAUACAUCAUCAACAUCGACGAAAUCAUCCAACAUCAACAACAUCAUCUGGAACACCAAGUACAGAAAGUUUAUCAUCAUCAAGUGAUGGUGGAAUUCAUUUUUUUACUAAGAAAAUGGAAGCUUUACAAGUUGAUAAAGGUACAGGAAAAGGUCCCAUUGAUAAAAAACGAGAUGUUUUAAAAAAGCUAAUGUGGUUACUUGAAAAAAGACCAACAAUUAACCCUCAAUCUACUUCUGGAUGUCGAAAAUCAUUUAGUCCACCAAAACAGCAACAUCAAAAAUCAACACCAAAACCAUUUAUUGAAUCUUGUUCAACAUUACAUUCGAAUAAUGUACCUAAUCUUACAUCACGUACUGAACCUGAUAAUAUAUCAAAAACUUCUACAAAUACUUAUUCAAGUUCAAAUGAAUAUUCUAAUACACAUACUUCAAUAGUAUCUUCACAACCGUCAAAUAAUGAUUCUAUGACUCAUACUUAUUCAUCUACACGUAAUGUUCAUUCAGAUUCAAGUGCAACUGCUACAUUUAUAAAUACAAAAUCUGUAACAAAAAAUUUAUCAAAUACAACAACACCAAUUUCAUCUUCAGUUCAUCUUCAUCGAAAACGUAUACCACAUCGUCGUAAUCUUAGUGGAUUUGCAGCUGUUACACGUGAUCGUAGAAAUUCAUUUGGUAAAUCAGAACAAGGAGCUAUUUCACAAGCAUCACAACAAGAACAAGAACAAACAUCACCAUUGAAUCGUAAUACAGAAGCUAUUCUUAAUGAACAUUUAACAAUGAUUAAUGAAUUACUUUCAAAUUAUUCAUAUAAUACUGGUUUACAAUAUUCAUCACAAAAUUCAUCUAUUCGUGAUUAUCUUUAUACACGUUUACAUGAAUUUUCACAAAAAAAUCCAAUGACUGAACGAUGUUCAAAAGUUGAAAUAAAAUCUUUUAUUGAUUUAAUAAGUAGUUUUCAAACGAAUCGAGCACAUCAUUAUGAAUUUUUAAGUGAUAGCGUUAAAGAUUUAUUAAGAUCAAAUAAUGAUGGAAUAUAUUCUUCAAAUAUAUAUGAUGAAAGUGAAGAUGAUAUAAUUAAGGAUGGUCAUAUGGCUAGUAAUGAAUCAUCAAACACAUCAUCACCACCAUUCACACGUUAUACAAGCACUGAAUCAAAAUAUGAUGUUAAUGAUGAUGAUAUAUCAUAUAAAGAUCAUCCAUUACGUUUUUUUCGUACAUUAACACAAGAUUAUAUUACUGAUUGUGAACGAACUGAAAAUGAUUUAAAAGAAAUAUUUGAUUUAGCUGAUCAACAACAUAUACUUUAUUGUUUAAAACAUGUUGAUAGUGGUUAUACAAAUGAUGCAUUAGCAGUAUUUCAUCGUCAUCUUGAUGCACUUUUUGUUUGGUAUAAUCUAUAUUAUGAAUUAACAAUAUCAGUUAAAAAAAUCAGUGGUCUAUUACGUUGUGAUGAUUGUGAUGAUUGGCCAAAGUUACGUUUUCGUUCUAUAGCAACAAAUCGUGAACGAAAAGCUAAACGAGCAGCUAAAACUGAUGUUCAUUAUUAUUCAUCAAGUGAUGAAGAUGAAUAUGAUGAUGAUCAUGAGGAUGAUGAUGAAAUAGAAAUAGCAGAAGAAAGUGAAGUAGAAGAUGAAGCUGAAAAUGGUGAUGAUAGUGAUAUUCUACCAAAAACUCGUUGGCCUGAAGAACCACUUGAUUAUUUCUCUCGUCUUAAAAUUUCUGAUGAAUCAAAUCCAAAUGAAACAAGUCCAAAAAUCAAAAAGCUAAGUCGUAUUGGUUGUUAUCGAAAUUUUGUUUAUUAUAUGGAUAAACGUUCUUAUCAAGUUAAAUAUGAUGGUUUAGCAAGAACAUUAAUCGAACGUGUUGCACCAGUUCUUGUUAAAACUCGUUUUGCUUUAUUACAAGCUAAUGAUAGACGUAAAUUAAAAGCUGAACAAGUUCUUACUGGUUUAUUAUUAUGUGAUUGUCAAUUAUCAAAUAUCAAUAAAUUAGAAAGUAAAACAAAUGCUAAUAAUGAUGAAACUGAAGAUAAACUUGUUGAUACAGAUAAUCCUGUUGAUGAAGAUUCAACAAUAAAUUUAAAUAUUGGAGAAAUGACUAUUGAAAAAUGGCUUUUUCAUGUAUUAAAAUCAUGUCCAACACUUAAAACAAUAUGUUCAUAUACAGAAGAUAUAUUAAAACAUAAUUGGCUUGAAUUACAUCAACAAUUAGGUUUACCAUCAUUAUUACCAUUAUAUUUUUUUAUUCUUAAUGUUUUACUUGAUGUUAUGAAUGAAUGUUUAAUACUUUAUAAUAAACCUUAUAUGAAUAAUGAUACAAUUGAAAUCGAUUCUCUUUGUCGACAACAACUUGUUCGUGAAGCAAAACUUGUUUUAAGAGAUGCAUUAGCUACUCGUUUAUAUAGUGUACGUAUGAUGGAACAAUUUAUUUCUCAUCGUCAAAUAGUUAAUGAACUUGCAGUAUUUGAUGAAAAUACGAUUAAACUUUAUACGCAUUAUAAACAAUUUUUAAAUACAGUUUGUAUUAAUCGAUCAUUUGGUACACAUGAUGAAGAUACUAUGAUUAUGAGUAAUUACGGAAAUACUGAUUUAUAUUAUUAUGUUGAUGAAGAAACAUCUGAAUUAAUUAAAGAAUAUUAUUUUUCUCGAGAUUUAACAGUAACAUUAGGAAAUCGUAAUGAAAUUCGUGAUUUAUGUAUUGAAUUUAGUGCAUUAACACAACGAAUAUUAACACAAUUAAAAGAAGAGUUAAAUGGUAAAACUGAAAAAUAUUAUCAAGCAUUUGCUAUUGAUAUGAGUAAUACAUCAAAUAUCAGUGAUGGAACUUAUUCAGCUGAUGUAAUCUGUGAAACAAUCAAAGUACCAUCGUUUGUUACAUCAAGUAGUGUUCCACCUGAUUUAUAUCGUAGUGAAACAUUACUAUCUGAUUCAACAACAUCAUUUUCUGAUCAAAAGAAAAAUGAUAUUAUUUCCAGUACACGUGAAUUUCGUCGAGAUUUUGAUACUAUUAAACAACGUGCAACACGUGUUUGUCAUUUAGCUAAAACUCUUAUUGUUGAUUUUACAAUUGCAGCUGAAUUUAAAUGUGUUAAUCAUCAUGAUGUUUGGCAACGACUUCUACAAUAUUCUUAUACUCAAAUUAAGAUUUAUUUGAAUAGAAGUGAUGUCGAUGAUUUUGAUAAUUUUUAUGUAUUCGUUCCGCCUUGGUUAUCAACAGAUAAAGACCAAGUUGAAAAAUUGUUAAGCAUUAUAUGUUCUCAACAAAUUUCACCAGAUGAACCUUGUAAAGCACCUAAAGAAACGCCUCCUCCAUUCUAUAUGAUCUUUUUACCUAAGAAAAGUUUUUCUCGACAAAGUUCUCCAUGGACUGGAGAUAUUUUACCUAUUCAACCAAGUGAAAGUACAAAAUUAGCAUUAAAUUCUAUUGAACUUUGUUCAUUACAUUUGGUUGUUAAUCGAUUUGAUCAUUGGCAAAAGGCUGUUGAUUUAUUUCAUAUACAUGCUGGAUUAACUAAUAUUCAACUAAUUAGAAAAUUACCUCGUGAUGAAGAUAUUCGUUUAACAUUUGAUCAAUUACCUGAACAUAUUGAAAAAUUAUGUACUACAUUAACUAAUCUUGUUCGUACAUUAAAUACAAUUUGGGAUCAAGAUUCAACGAAAAUAUAUCUUACAGAAAUUGUUAAAUUUGAUGAACAUACCAUUGAAUCAAAAUUAGUUGAUCUUGUUUUAUAUAUAUAUAAUUCUGGUUUUGAUCUUUUUCGUGUUUUAUGUGAACUUAUAUUAACAAUAUCAACAGAAAAUGAUGCAACAUUUGAAAAAUUUGUUAGUACAAUGAAUGAAUUUUUUUGUGCAUGGUGUAAAUGUGUUACAAAAAAAUUUAAAUAUACAUCAUUACAACAAACACGAACAGAUAAAUAUAAAGUUUUCCGACCAAAAUGGCUUUCACCAGGAAUGGGUUUUCUACGUUUUUUAGCAAAAUCCAAUCAUUUGGAAUUACUUUCCGAUGAUGAUUAUAAAAAAUUAACUAAAGAAAUGCCAGCUGCUCUUGAUGUUUUAUAUGGAAAUGUGAAGAUUAAUUAUGAUUUACUAACGACAAAAGUUCGUUCAAAUAGUUUUUCAUCAACAUCACCAAAUUUAAGUCGAUCACGUCAUUCUUCACAAACAAGUGGACAUCGUAGAAUUGAAAGUUUCACGACACCUCAUGAACGUAUUGUAGACAAAAUAAAAAAUCUUGAAAAUAAUUUAGAAAAAAGCCUUCGUGAACGUAAACAAAUUGGUCAAAUAUAUAAUAGUACAACAACAAUGAAUGGUAUCAUUCCAGAUCCUGUUAUAUCCUUAAAAAUGCGUAAUAUUGAUUUUCCAUGGCGUCGUGGUACACGUAUUGGACAAGGUGGUGCUGGUGUAGCGUUUCGUGCAAUAAAUUGUUCAAAUGGUUCGAUUGUAUGUAUGAAAGAAAUACAAUUAUCAUCAAUAACAUCACGUUCAUUACCAAAUACAUAUCCUGGAAAACUUCGACGUAUUGCAGAAGAAAUUGAUAUGAUUAUGUCAAUUAAUCAUCCAAAUAUUGUACGAUAUUUUGGCAUAGAAAAAUAUAGAAGAACAAUUUAUAUUUGUAUGGAAUAUUGUUUAUCAACAGUAAAUGAAUUUCUUAAUGAUAUUCGGUCAUUUCAAAAACGUGCACAUACAAAAAGAAAAAAUGAUAUUUUAUGGAAUGAUUCAAGUGAUCAAGAUGAAGAUUUGAGUACGGGAAAUAUUCGUUUAAAUUCUUCACUUGAUGUUAAUGAACAUGUACGUGGAUUUGUUAAUCAACUUUUAAAAGCUUUAAUGGUUUUACAUGAACAUUCCAUUGUACAUUGUGAUGUUAAAGGUGAUAAUAUUUUUAUUGCUAAUGAAAAUGGAAAUUAUAUUGUUAAAUUAGGUGAUUUUAAUUUAUCACAUCGACUUGAACUUGAAUCACCAUCAUCAGAUGGUAGUAAUUCACGUAGUACACAAAAAGGAACUAUAUAUUUUAAACCGCCGGAACCCGAAUAUGUUUAUAAAUCUGAUAUAUGGGCACUUGGUUGUACCGUAAUAGAGAUGUUAACUGGCAAAUUACCAUGGACAAAUGUAACACGUCCACCUGAAGAUCAAAUCUAUAUACAAAAUCAAUUAUUAGCAAAAAAAGGACCACCGAUUCCAGACGAAUUAAAAAAUCAAAAACAAGCAUAUGAGUUUAUUGAAUUAUGUUUGAAACCUGAUCUUGAAGAACGUCCAUCAGCUAGAGAUUUACUUAUUCAUCCGUAUCCUCGUGUUCGAACUGUCUGCAGUAUAAAUGCUCAAAAAUCAAUUACCUGGGCAGGAUAUCAAUGGUUCCUGCGUGACGAUCAAAAUAGUGGACCCGGUCCAAACAACUGGAAUUCAAAUAAUGUUUGGGUCGAUGACAAUGGUAAACUUCAUUUGAAACUUAGUUAUUCAGGUAGAAAAGGUGGAUGGACAUGUGCUGAAUUAUAUACCAAUGUAAAAUUUGGUUUUGGCACUUUUCGAUGGUUUGUAGAAGGAGCCAUUGAUAAAUUUGACCCUAGGGUAGUGUUGGGUCUGUUUACUUAUGGAGGUGUUGAUGGUACGAAUGAAAUUGAUAUUGAAGUAGCUAAAUGGGGUCGAACAGAAUUAGUAGCAUCGAAUUAUUUUUAUACAGUCUAUCCACAUACAUUGGGUAUUGCUCAACCAGUAUCUAAUGGCACACGUAUAUCUUUGCAAGGAACUUACACGACUCAUCAAUUUACUUGGACCUCUGAUAAGAUUUCUUUCCUAGGUCAACAUGGUUUUAUGACUUCACCAACUGAAAAUAGGUUUUAUUCAUACCAAACACCAACAGCAUUUGCACCAUCAAUUCCUUAUACUAGUGCUCCUCUGCAUAUGAACUUAUGGCUCUUCCAAGGUAAACCACCAAUGAAUGGUCAAACGGUGGAAAUAGUUAUCAUGACUUCAAGUAUACCAAAGCAUAGUGGUUUACUAGUGAUACAUAUAGUUUAA